UUUAAGUUUUGACUAAUCAAGCUGAAUUUGAUGUCAGAAAAAAAUCCCACAAAUUUGGGUAGAUGUUGUCAACUUUGACCUUGGUGUCCUGCAGAUGUUCUGUACAUAUGUAGACCAUAUAAUUUGUUUCACGAGUUGGUCACGGCAUGGAGGUGGUUGUAAUUUUGUAUGAUAAUCAUGAUGAAUGUGUACUGAUGGGUGGACAUGAUGGAUAGCAUGACAAAUUGUACUUUGGUCUUCAGAAAAUGGUAAAUUUGUAGACGAGAAAAGCCAUGAUGUGAGCUGCAGUUGAACUGAGUCAAUGCUAGAGUGAAGGCACAAGAAGGUAGGCGACAUGGCAGAAGGGGGCGAGGUUAGACUAGAAGCCACAACCACGAAAGAAUCAGCUGCUGACAAGCACCGAUCAGAGAAGAGAAAAUCUGACACCGAUGCAACAAUGACAUCGUCGGAGAACCUCGCGUUUCGCAUCUUCCUCCGUGAGAACGAACUCUCCAAUGCACUGAAGCACUUUCCGGCAGACUUCACGUUGGGCAACUUUCGGGCGGUGACAGAGGAUGACUUGGCAGACGAUUACGGUAUUGAUGAUGACAACGUGAGAGCUCAAUUGAUGCGGGCUGUCAACCGAGCCAGAGAGGAAUAUGACGAGAGGGAGGAGGCACAGACGAGGCGGAGGGUUCAUAGUGUGGUGGUGAACAGGAGACAAUCAGAGGUGAGUGGUUAAGAUGUUUGUGGUUCUAGGUUCGAAUCCUUACAGCAUCCUUGUCCAUUAUGUGAAUCUAGCAGUAAGUCAUGAUAGGGAGGAGGCACAGACAAGGUGGAGGGUACAUAGUGUG